AUGAGACCCUUUUCGUUAGCUGCCAUGGCUGCCUGUCUGGUAAACAAGGUUUCCGCCCGAGGUAGCUACGUUCCCGAAAAGCCAAUCCUUCGAGCAAAGGAUGUUCUGGAACGUCCAUACUCGGAUAUCCUCCAUCAUUCUUGGACGGCCGCUGAGCCAGCCCUCGGAGCACGCGCCGUCGUCCUCAACACCAGCGACCGCCGUGCUGAUGGUGUCAAAGUCAACGAGAACGGCACCUUGGACUAUGCGGCGUGGGACGCUGCCACCGACGCUGCUUGCACCGAGGUCCUGAUGGCUCUUCCACGCAGCUCAAGCCCAUCUGGUAGCUGUGCCUGCUACAACUUGCCGUUACUAGACACCAAGACGGGCUGGUUUGAAGCAGAGCUUCGCUUGUACCGAAUUUCCGAACCGCGUGCCGCUUUUGCGGAUAUCUCUCUAGAGAAUGUCAAAGUUGGUCUGCGGUAUGCCGGUGCGAGCGUCAGUUCGAUUUCGACCCAGCAACUCGUGGCCGUGGGCCGGGCUCACAACCAAGCGCGGGUAAUGGCACCUCGAGCUGUCAGAGAUGCCCGGCCGCAACUUGUCCAUUCCUACCUGUUGGCUGGGAAAAUCGACAAGGCCAAAAUGUCUGACAAUAUGACAAUGGCCCAGCUUGAAAAAGUGCUCAUCCCAACGCUCGCACUUACGGCCAACAACAGCGCCGGCACCCUCGUCAGCACCAACCUUUCUCUCAACGAAGCCGCCUUCCUGACGGGCAUCUUCAGCAGGUCGGUUGUCGUGUCCGACUUCUCCGCCGCCGAGUCAGCUGUCGCCGCGCAGCUUGACGCCCUGCGCACCGGCACCGUCGCCUUUGUCCUGCCAGGUGUCCAGGUCAUGAUUUUCCCCAUCGGGGCCGUCAUCACGUCCGUGUGGCUUCUGGUGGGCCUGGCCGUGUACGGGCUCGGCACUUAUGAGAGAAUGGCGUAUGCAGACAUGUACAAGAGGAGACUGGCCGCAGAAGCAGCACGCAGGACGGCGUAA